AUGUCACCAUCGGCCGUUUGCACCGGCCAUGACGCUGUCGAGAUCGUGGACAUCCACCAGAGCGACAUGGACUUCUCGCUCGUGGACGAGAUUCUCAAUCGAAUCGAUCCUCCCGCGGGGACUCCGCGCUCGUUUCCCACGCUGCUGCUGUACGAUGCCAAGGGGCUCAAGCUGUUCGAGAAGAUCACGUACCUGGACGAAUACUACCUGACCAACACGGAGAUCGAGGUGUUAACUGCCAACGCGAAGCGCAUCGUCGAACGGAUUCCGGAGAAUGCCCAGGUGGUGGAGCUUGGUAGUGGGUCUGUUGUUCUUGCACUCUGCAUCCGCAGUUUGGAUUAUGCAAACCUGCGCAAGAUCUCGAUCUUGCUCCGGGAGUGCGAGCGCACGAAGAAGUCGGUGGACUACUACGCGUUGGAUCUCUCUCUGGAUGAACUGAAGCGGACCUUUUCCGAGAUCAAUCCAGAGGGGUUCGCGUAUGUGGGACUACAUGGUCUUCAUGGCACGCCGACCGUGGUCAUGUCCAUUGGGUCCUCCAUCGGCAACUUCAGCCGCUCCACUGCCGCGGAAUUCCUCGCUGGCUUUGCGAAAUCAUUGAGUCCCUCGGACUUGAUGAUCAUCGGAUUGGACGCAUGCCAAGACCCGGAGCGGGUGUUUAAGGCGUACAAUGACUCCGAGGGCGCGUUCAAGGCCGACGAGUGGGAGAUUGUCACUGCGUACGAUGUGCCUGGCGGCCGACACCACGCAUACUACUCGCCCAAGGUGGACGUAGUGAUCAAUGACCGGGCCAUUAGUAAAGGCGAGAAGCUGCACUUUGAAGAGUCCGUCAAGUACAAUCGCAGGGAACGGGAUACUUUGUGGCGGGAGGCUGCGUUGAUUUCUCAGGCCGAGUUUGGCAAUGACGCCGACACUUACCAUCUCCAUCUGCUGUCGCCCUCCGGCCAUCCUCUUCCCACCGACCCUGCCCAAUAUGCCGCCCAUUCCGUCCCGAAGGCCACGGACUUCCAGGCUCUCUGGACCACCUGGGAUAUCGUCACCAAGACCAUGAUUCCUCGUGAGGAGCUUUGGUCCAAGCCUAUCAAGCUCCGCAACUCACUGAUUUUCUAUCUGGGCCAUAUUCCGACCUUUUACAAGCCGACGGAACCCAGCUCGUAUCGCCGGAUUUUUGAACGUGGCAUUGACCCCGAUGUGGAUGACCCCAACCAGUGUCAUGCCCACAGUGAGACGCCAGACGAGUGGCCGCCGCUAGACGAGAUCUUAGACUACCAGGAACGCGUCCGCAGCCGCGUCCGGAGACUGAUCAAUCGGGGACCCAUCACAGACCGGGCUCUUGCCGAAGCGCUCUGGAUUAGUCUCGAGCAUGAAGCGAUGCACCUAGAGACCUUCCUGUACAUGCUACUCCAGAGCGACAAAGUGCUGCCUCCGGUGGGUGUGGAACGGCCUGACUUCGCGCACCUAGCCCAGCAAGCAAAGACCAACGCAAAACCCAAUGGGUGGUUCACUAUUCCGGAGCAACAACUGGCUAUUGGCCUGGACGACUCGAACGAGAACGUACUGCCCCGGAGCUCUUUCGGCUGGGAUAAUGAAAAGCCCCAGAGGACAGUGGCGGUGCACUCUUUCGAGGCUCAAGCCCGUCCGGUCACCAACGGCGAAUAUGCAAAGUACUUGCAGACUAGCCAGAUUCAAACACGGCCAGCCUCCUGGACUCAAAUUUCUCAGAAUGGUGGCCUCUCACAGAACGGCAACGGUUCAGCCACGGACGAAUUUUUGGAUAAAUAUGCCAUUCGGACCGUGUUUGGGCCCGUCCCUCUGAAGCUUGCCGAGGAUUGGCCGUUGAUGGCUUCCUAUGAUGAGCUGGCCGGCUAUGCCGAAUGGACCAAGUGUCGCAUCCCUACCCUUGACGAGGUCAAGAGUAUCUAUCAGUACUCUGCCCGGCUUAAUGGCAGAGAUUCUUGUCCCACAAGGUUGGUCCAGUGCACUUCUAUUUCGGACGAGAGAGAAUAA